UAAGGACGUUGAAAUUGCGAUAAAAACUAUCCAUGAGCUGCAUUUGAUUUACAUUUUCGAGUCUUUGCCACUGUGUUAUACAGGCUUACAAUUGUUGAGAGUCCAUCAGUAAAUCAUUCUAUGCAGAAAUUUAAAUUCACAUCACAUACUCCACAGGUUACCUUACUUCCAAGUCCCAGAAUAUCUUAAAGAUUGUGUUAUCUGUGUGUGCAUAAAUGCCUAUUGCUGUAAUUGACAGUAAUUUAAUUGCAUGCAAAAAGAAGACAAUAACAAUAAACAACUUCCAGUGAUAACUGAAAUCUUAGUUCAUGUUUGCUGUAUUAAAUAAAAACCUUCAGUCCCGGACAUGGUUAUAUUGUGUUCCCUCAGUUGAAGCCCAGUCAUGCAGCAAGAAGCGACGGGGGGAAGAACAGAGCCGCAUAUAACGAAUGAAGAACUCGGAGAGAGACAGAAUGAACAUGAGCAAGUGGACUUUGAAACAGCCAUUUCUCUUACUGGUUAUGGGAAAUUCAACCAUUUGCUCAAUCUGCUUGCAAUACCUGCUGCCUCAACCACAAUGAUUGACACAACAACUAUGUCAUACAUCCUGCCUUCUGCAGAGUGCGAUCUUAAUCUCUCAAAUGUAGACAAAGGGAUUCUGAAUGCUGUGGUGUUUGGAGGGAUGACGUCAGGUGCUCUCUUUUGGGGGUUUUUGUCUGACACACUUGGAAGACGGAAACUACUUCUUGCUUGCUACUGCCUGCUUGCUUCUAUCACAAUAGCAUCAAGUUUCUCACAGACAUUCUGGAGUCUAGGUCUUUUCAAGUUUCUAGGAGGAUUUGUAGCAUGUGGGCCAAAUGCCAUUUUUUUGGCAUACCUCUCUGAGUUCAACAGCUGUCGUCACCGUUCCAGAACCAUGAUGGCUGUUGGGAUUUAUGCUUCCUUGGCAGUGGCUGCUCUCCCAGCAUUAGCAUGGCUGCUGAUUCCACAGACCUGGUCAUGGACACUUCUUGGAGGUUACAUCACAUACAACUCUUGGCGUGUCUUCCUUACAAUGUCUGCUAUACCUAGUUUUCUGACAGGGUGUUGCAUAUGUUUCUUUGAUGAGUCGCCAAAGUUCCUCAUGUCUUGUGGAAGAAGGGAUGAAGCUCUCAGAGUCUUCCAGAGAGUCUAUAGCAUCAACACAGGCAACCCUCCAGAAACUUAUCCGGUGAAAUCCCUUCUUAAAGAGAAAUCAGGUGUCCUGACAUCAGCUGCACCUGAUGAAAGGUUAUCCACACUUCUGAAACUUGGUAUUAAGCAGAUGAAGCCAUUCCUUCACAAACCAUAUAUUGGAAUGGCAGGAAUAGUCUUAAUCAUCCAGUUUGGUGGGCAGUGGGGAAUGAACACAAUACGAUUAUGGUUACCUCAGCUGUUUGCCAUCAUGGAGGAGUAUUUCAUCGUCAACAAGUCCAUGUCUGGAAAUGUGACCAUGUGUGACAUAUUAACAUCUCAUACUGGGCCAAAAACUGCAUUCAAUGAAACAAUUGUUGUGACUGAUAAACCAUGUGUUCCUGUACAGUCUGGUGACACGGUAUACAUAUACUCAAUCAUUGUUGGAAUCGUAACUGCAGUGUUCAAUUUGAUGGCCAGCUCAGUCAUUAGCAACCUUGGCAAGAAGAAGAUACUGAUUGCUGGUUAUGUGCUGUCCUGCUGCUGUGUUGUGCCUAUGUACUGGUCAAACAGUAUGGAAGGGCUGCUCAUUCUUGCUUCACUGUUUGUUGGCUCUGGUUCAAUGUGCUUUAAUGCUCUAAUGAGUGUGGUAGUGGAUCUCUUUCCUACUAGUCUAAGGACAAUGGCAGUAAGUGUUACUGUCAUGACAGGCCGAGUUGGGGCCCUCUUAGGAAAUAUCACCUUCCCUGUGUUCCUGGAGAUCAGCUGUUUAGUGCCAUUCUUGUUCCUAGGAUCCAUCAUGUUCGUCUGUAGUUCUUUAGCAUUUUUACUGCCAAGGACCAAUGGGAAAGCAUUGGAAUGAAGUUCACUAUAGAAAAUUCAUGAGAGCUUAAUGACCAGCACUACCAUCAGUAUCUUCCAUAGUCUGCUCUCACCAAAUAAAAUAUUUAUGAUUUUAAAA